AUGUCAUCAGCUGUUUCGGACAAUCAAAAUAAUGAAAAUUUUGAACAAAUUGAACAAAUUGAACAAAAACCUGAUAUUAAUAAUGAUCAUGAUACAAAUAAACCUAAUCAACCAAUUGAAUCAUCAAUUGAUCAAAAUCAACCCAUAAAAACCAUUGAUCAAGAUUCAAAUAUACCCACAGUAUCAACUGAUAAUAAAGAAGAAUUAAUUACAAAAGAAGAUCUUAAUACAUCAAAUUCAAGUCCAUUGAAAAGAAAAGAAACAACAAUUGAUUCAUCAUCUGAAACUCCUAAACCUAAAAAAUCAAGAAAAUUACAAGGUGCAGGUGUUAAAAAACCUUUAUAUUCAAGAUAUGAAUCAUUAUAUAUCGUGAAAGCAUAUAAAACCAUUUCUGAUAAACAUCCAAAUUUAGUAUUAAUUGAUCUUUUCAAAAUCGUGGCAUUGUUAUUUAAUGAAGAAGCUCAAAGACAAGGUUUUAAAGAACGUACACCAGAUCAAUUAUAUCAAAAAUAUAAAAGAAUUCAACAUGGUUUAAAUCAUGGUGAAACUGAAUUCCUCGAGUUUUUCAAAAAAAAUACAUAUAAUCCAAGAGAAUGGAUACCUGAUUUUAAAAAUUCUGAAAGUGAUGAAAUUUUAAAAUAUAUUAAAUUCCCCAAAUUAGAUGAAUCAAUUAAUGAAAUUGUUGGUUCAAGUAUUGCAAAUUUAAAACCUCCAUUACCGGAUCUUUAUGAUGAUGAUGAAUUUGAUGAAGAUACAAAACCAAUCAUAGAUAGCAACCCCACUGGUGGGGCAACUGGGACCACGGAACAUGGUGAUGCUGAAGACGAAUUAUUACAACUAGCAGGUUAUGAUAAUGAAAAUUCAAAUGGGAAUAAUAAUAAAUCAAGAACAAAUUCAAAUAGUAGUCAUGGUAGUAAUAAUGGUAUAAUAAAAGAAUUAAAAACCAAAAUAUCUAGUAUAAAUCAAUCAAAUGAAUUAUUACAAAAUGAAAUAAAAUCAUUAAAAGAACAUAUAAUUUCAAAAGAUCAAGAAAUUUUAUUCUUAAAAAGUAUGAUUAAAGAAGAUUUAUCAUAUAUUCGUCAUAAACUUAAUGAACCUAAAGAUGGAACAAUAACGAAAGAAUGA